CUACGCGGACUCGCGGACAGAUAGACAGUAGUUAGUAGUUAUUACUACUUAAGUAUGUUUGAUAACCUAAUGAGGAUAUCAAGUCUAUGAAUACUUCCCGCCUACGUAAUCAUAAUAAUAAUACGGUAAGAAAGAUGGGCGUCGUCAGCCACCGAACCAGAAAAUUCAUAAAGAGCGGGUUAUAGACAUCCCACUGCCGUUCAGAUACCCUAUACACUUGGAUAACCCCAUCGAGGGUCACCAGAAGUGGCUGCGGAUGCUGAAGAGGGCCGAGACCCUGGUCGAGGAUGACUUCGAUCUUCAGAAAAAAGCGCGGAAAGGCCUCCGAAUGAAGGACCGGAGAGUACCGCCUGAGGUGAUCGGGAGGAUGUACGCCCAGUACUGCGAGCUGAUCAACAGUAUGUACGAUGCAUACCUCAACAACGUGCAGCUGCAGCGCCUACCCUACAUCCAGGAGAUCAUCACCGUGUUCAUGAAGCGAAUGUACGAGUUACGUAACGAGUUGGUCCACCUGAUAGUGAAUGAUUACAUCUACGUUGACAGCGCUCUGCAGCAACUCAUGAAGACGCCGUUUGAUAUCCAGAUAGUAGUCCCAUACCACUUCCCGAUGGAAGCGCGCCCAGACUCCGUGGAACAAAUCCUGCAGAAGAUGUGGGCUCAGUCCGUGAGACGGCUGAGGAAACCUUCAAAGCCUAAAGAAAACGUACCGACCACGUCUUCGAGCCAGAUGGCAAGCAGUGCUGGCAGUGGGCUGUUCGAGUCACCAGACAGGACUGAGACCAGGGAGGACCAGGGAGCAGUGGAAGAGGAGGUCGAGGAGGAAGAAGAAGAGACUCCUGAACCGAGUGUCCAUACAAUGGUUACUGAGGACUACAUUCAAGCUUGUAUGAUACAGAAGUACGAGAGAUACAGACAAUAUUAUCUAAGGGCGUUUGCAUCGAAAUGCGCAACGUACAGAACAUACUUUGCUCCCAAGACUACACCACCAUCUAAGGAGAGGAUGGAAAGAGCAGUGCAGUUCAUUCAAAGAUAUUAUAGGUUUUACAUGGAGAUAAAGAGGCGACGGGUUUUAGAACACAAGAGGAAUGUCUUACUGGGACUUGUACCCGAUGUUGAAAUAAGACCUAUGAAGUUUAAAGAAGAAAACAAUAAGUUAUACGAAAAAAGGCGCCAAAUGAGAAUAAACUUGAAUAAGAAACUGCAGCUUCAAGUUGAGAAGGAGAAUCUCAAACUCAUAUACAAGAAAGGAGAACAAAUUGAAGACAUCACAGUACAAAUUAUGGAGUGGUUUAUGGAAUGGUAUUACGGAUACGGCUUCUUCCCCCAAUACCCCUUCGAACCCGAGGGGGGAACCCUGAUGGUCAUCAGGGGGCAAUACCAGACGAUAGACGAGAGAAUAGAAGAAGAUGAGAAGAUAAAAGCUGCCACUAAAGGGAAGACUAAGGAACAGUUGAAACAAGAGAAACAGCAAGCCAAGAUGGAGGCUGCAAUGAAAGCAGAGAUAGCUGAAGAGAAGAAGAAGAAGGAGGCGUUAGCGCUGUUCAAGGCUCGGUGCAACCCAGAUGGAGACCCGGGGUACGAGCUGGUACAAUCUGAGCUCCACACGGAACUGACUGAUGCCCUCCGCCGCUACAGACAAGCGUGGUCACUCUACGACCAGUUCCCCCUGGAGCGCUGCGCGGAGGUCAUCUACGGGUUCAUGAAAACCAUCGUCACAGAGGACAUCAUGAGCCAGAUACAUAUCGACGCCAGGAAGUUCGUUGAUGAGUUGAUGAGAUUAGAACUGAAACUUUUCAUCAAGGCCCAGCAGGCCAUGUACAAGAGAGUGGACUGGAAGUGGCCGAAACAGCGGCCCAGAAAGCGGCCGAAACCCGUCCCUGUACCCAAACCGUUUGUCGUCAAUGAUGAUAUGCUAAAGUCUUUUGAGAAAGUAUUUGACCUGGGCAUCAUGUCCAGACCGACAGCGAAGCUUGACGACAUUAUAGGCGACUUCAAGUUUGCUGCGUACGAGGCGAACUUACGGGACCCUAAGGCCAUAUUCCCAUCACCAGGUUACGGCGACGUGAAGCGCCGGCUGGUCCUGUCGUGUAUCUUCGGCGCAGGAGUCGAUCCUGGAGCCGUGCGGAGGAAGUCUGUCAUGCUCUUGGGAUUGGAACAGAAUGGGAAGUCCUUCCUAGCUGAUGCUGUGGCAGGGGAACUGAAUGCAGUAAAGUUCGACAUAUCCCCGGAGGUCUUCACAGUGAAGUGUCACCGGCCAACCAAGAUGCUGUCGCUCAUCUUCCAGGCCGCCAGGGUCUUCCAACCAUCGGUCAUCUUCUGCAGGAAUGUUGAGAAGGUCUUCUAUAAGAAGGUACCACAUAAUGAGAAAAAAGAAAGAGCUAAGACCCUGAAGAAACCAUUGCAGAAGCUGCUCAAAGCAAUGCCGGUUACUGAGAAGAUAAUAUUCAUUGCUACAUGUUCGAAUCCGUUUGCGGCGAAAGCAAGGCCGAUGGUGAAUAUGUUCAGCGAGAUGAUCUUGGUGCCACGACCCGACUACGGGUCCAUACAGAGGUUCCUCUACGACAAACUUCAGAGUAUAAGAAGCAUGCCAAGGGACUACUGCGUACAAAGUCUGGCGCAGAUUCUUCAAGGUCUCGGGUUCGGUGUCAUCAUGGACCUUUUUGAUGAUGUCGUCACGCCUGAGAGGCUUAUCAGACUGAACUGCUUUCAGUUGCACCCAUCUGAGUUCUUGGAGUAUAUGAUAGAACAUGAUAUUACGCCAAUGACUAACGCUGACUACAAUAAACUAAUGGCGUUUGCCAUCAACUACUCACCCCUGAAGCGCGAGCGGGAAGAGUACGAACAGAUCAACAAGAUGAGGGAGAUCAACUUUGAGAAGCUGAACAAGAAAAAGGCAGAGGACGCCAAGAAGGCCGAGGAACGGAAGAAGAAACAGGGUGGAUAGAGACCAGGGAAGAAGACCACAUCAUAACCUUAAAAUAUACUCCAUGACAUUUUAUAAUUGAAAAUCAGUGUUGGUUAAGUAGCUUAAAGGUCUAACGCACGAGGAGGUUGAAACACUCUUGACAAAAGUUACUUAACCCCCUAAUCAUACAUAAAACAAACACACACACGCACGCUCGCACGCACGCACAGACACACACACACACACACAUAUAUAAUCAAAACAAUAAAUACAUCUUAACAAAAAACAAAAGCAUAAAAAGUAAUUAAAACAUAAUUAUAAUACAGGGUUCUUAUCGCGUUAUUAUCAGGGAUAUGAGAUCAGAUAUUUCAACACUGUUGCAAAUUCCAUGAUCACGGGACGGCGGAUAUGUUCGCCCUUAGAAAAUUAUGGAUCUACCUACUCCACACCAAUUCCAUCAGUCGUCCCGUAAUCAUGGCACUUGCAACAGUGUCGAAAUAUCGGGAGUCUCAUAUCCCUAUUUUAAACGCGGUAAGAAUCCGUUAUUAUGUGUUUUAAUUAGCAAGAUUGCAAUUUAUCAUUAAAAUUUGCGCAUCAUAAAAGAUAAUUUUUAAAUAAACUUAACAGUUACUUUUUGCUAAACGUCAGAACACGUAUUACUACGGAAUUUGUAUGAAAAAGAACACGGUGACGACGUCAUAGAUGUAGAAAACGUGAUAAAAUGUCCGCCUUAUUGUUAAGUAAGUACGUUGUUUCUUGACAAAAAUCCAUAAAUAAGUUAAAUAAACAAAAACACGAUUCUCGUCAGUUUUAGAUAUGUCUAUAGUCAGUAAUCAGAAUUUCAUUAAUUUUAAUUUAUCUUUGGCCUAGGACACCACGCAAUUGAACUAAAAAGGAACGGCAAUAUUGCAAUUUGACAUUUUCUAUUGUUAACGAAAGUCAAAUAAUAGCGAUUAUUGCUUUUCUUGAUGAAUUGCUUCAAAUUGUGGCCUUUUUAUCAACCAGGGUGUUGGUGACAUCGUAACAAAAACUUUGGCGAUCAUUUAGAGUUGAUAUCAAGUGGAAUUUCCUGAUUUCUUUUUUUUAAUUCAGUUUCGAACGUUUGCGAUGGGAAAUUUCACUUGAUAUCAACUCAGAAUCAUGGUCUGAAAUAGUUUGAUUGAUCCCCCUCAGUAUUCAGUACGAUGUCCACCCUGUGAACAUUCUGUAAGUAUAUAAAAUAUUUGUUUAUUUAUGUUGACGAUAACAAUUAUGUAUUAGUUAACUUGUAGGUAAGCAUAUAACCAAAUGAGUGUCCACGUAAUAUCAUUUUGUUGAUAUUUACCUCCGUUUUAAACUUUUAACCUCAAUUUUAAAUACAUUUUUAAAAAUACAAUGAACUAUA